UAAGCAGCACUAUUAUGGACGUAGACAGCACAAUUUCCAGUGGGCGUUCAACGCCAGUUAUGAUGAAUGGACAAGGAGUUCCUGCCUCCUCUGCAAAAAGCAUUGCUUAUAACUGCUGUUGGGACCACUGCCAUGCUUGCUUCAGCUCCAGCCCGGAUUUGGCAGAUCACAUUCGCUCCAUACAUGUGGAUGGCCAACGAGGAGGGGUGUUUGUUUGCUUGUGGAAAGGUUGCAAAGUAUAUAAUACACCUUCAACAAGUCAAAGUUGGUUGCAGAGGCAUAUGCUGACACACAGUGGGGACAAACCUUUCAAGUGUGUAGUUGGUGGAUGCAAUGCCAGCUUUGCAUCUCAGGGAGGACUUGCCCGUCAUGUGCCCACACAUUUCAGCCAGCAGAACUCUUCAAAAGUUGCCAGCCAGCCAAAGGCCAAAGAGGAAUCUCCAUCUAAAGCUGGAAUGAAUAAAAGAAGAAAGUUAAAGAACAAGAGACGACGAUCAUUACCAAGACCUCAUGACUUCUUUGAUGCGCAAACACUGGAUGCUAUAAGACAUCGAGCCAUCUGCUUUAACCUCUCAGCACAUAUAGAAAGUUUAGGAAAAGGCCACAGUGUUGUAUUUCAUAGUACCUGUGCUGCUGCAGUAGUGUGGGCUUGUGCUGGCAUCAGCUAUAUUGAUGAGACUCAGCCUAAAGCCUGCUUUAAACAGGAAAGGUGGAAUAGAAGCAGUCUUACGGAUGUACGCUGUUACACCGAGCGAAUGAUCACCUCGGGUGCCUCACUUAGAAGCAUUAGAACUUUGAAUUUGGAUGGUGACUGGCUAAAUAGA